AUGUCACAUUAUCCUUGUACUAUAAAUGAAUGUCCACGUUUAUCGAGAGUAUUAUGUUAUUGUUGUACAAAAAAUUAUUGUAUUGAACAUUUAAAAGAUCAUAAUGAUAUCUAUUUAUCUCAAUUAUAUCAAAUAACAAAUGAAAUAAAUAAUUUAUCGGAACAUGUUCGUGGACAAUAUCGUCGUCAACUUGAUCAAUGGCGUCAUGAAUCACAUCAAACAAUUGAUUUAUAUUAUGAAAAAAAAUGUCAAGAAUUAGAUAAUAAAACAAUUCAACAUGAAAAAUUAAAUCAAAAUCGUCAAGUUAUCGAAUGGAUAAAAUCAAAAAUUGCUCAACUUAUUCGUGAACAAAAUACAACACAACAACAAAUUGAUUCAUUAAAAGCUGCAACAAAUGCUGUACAACGUGAAUUACAACAAACAUCCGAAGAAAAUUUUCAUUUAAAUAUUCCACCAUUAAUCCUCGAUGAAAACUUCAUACAAUUAGAUAAAACACGAUUAACAUUUGAUUUAUAUUCAACAGUAAAAUCAAAUUUUUUAACAAAAGAUUUAUCAACUGAGAAUUGUAUUGUUAUGACAAAUAAUUCAACAUAUUUAUUAAUUGGUCAACAAUUACAUUUAUGUUUAUAUGAUCAAAAUUUAAAUUUAAUUAAACAAAUACCAUGGACAUAUGGUUCUAUAUGGGAUAUGUGUAUGUCAAAUAUACUUUCGAAAUUUAUUAUUGUUGCUGAACAUGGAAUAUUUACAUUUGAUGAACAAACAAUGAUGAUUGAACCGUUAAAAUCUUUAUCAAAACAAAAGAAAUCUUGGUAUUGUUGUGCAUGUUCAGAUAAAAGUUUAUUCUUAACAACACAACAAUUAAAUACAACCAUAAGUGAAUAUGUAUUUCUACAAAAUAAUUAUUCAUUUAAACGACAACAAAUAUGUUGUUUAAGUAAUGAAUAUAUUGAACAUAUGAAAUGUUCAAAAGAUUUAUUAGUUUUAAUUAUUUCAAAUGAUUUAACUGGUGAACGACGUUUAGAUAUGCGUUCAAUAUUAACAUUUAAUCAACUUUGGACGAUUUCACUUAAUAUACAUGAGAAAAUUAAUGUUAUAUCAUGUUGUUCAUUGAAUGAUAAAGGUUGGUUAAUUGUUGAUCUUGCACAAGCUCGUCUUAUUCAUGUUACGAAUCAAGGACAAAUUAAACAAAGUAUUGCAUAUGAACCAUCACCUCAGUAUGCUAUUCAAUUUAAAGAUGAUAUUCUAGCUAUUCUAACUGAACAAGGUAUUAAUUUACAUAAAAUCGAAUAA